AUGGCCACCGAUAAGUCACAGAUUAAGAUCAAAUUCUUCACCAGAGAUGAAGACCAGGAGGUACACGUGAACGAAGCACCAUUGUACGUGCCUGUCUCAUUAAAGAGAUACGGGUUGUCCGAGAUCGUGAACCACUUGUUGGGCAACGACGAGAAACCAGUUCCAUUUGACUUCCUUAUUGACGGGACCUUGUUGCGGACCCCGAUUGAGGAGUACUUGGUGAAGAAUGGGUUGUCCAGUGAGGCCUUUUUGACCUUGGAAUACACCAGAUCCGUGUUGCCACCGUCCUUUUUGGCCAGUUACAACAACGAAGACUGGGUCUCCUCCGUGGACACCAUCACCAGCGACUACUUCAACAAAAACCUCGCGAUCCAGCCAAAGAUCCUCUCUGGUGCCUAUGACGGUAUCGUCAGAACCUAUAACAUGUCGGGCCAGAUCGACAAGCAGUACGUUGGGCACUCCGGGCCGAUCAGAGCUGUCAAAUGGAUCUCGUCCACCAGAAUUGUCUCUGCUGGUAACGACAGACAGGUUAGAUUGUGGAAGACCAAGGCCGAAAAUGGCAUUGUUGCGGAGUACGACUCGGAUGGAGAGGAGCCAGAAGACGGAAAGACUUUAGCCAUUUUAGAGGGCCACAAGGCGCCAGUCGUAUCGUUGGCCAUCGACAACCCAAGCAGCCGAAUCAUGUCCGCUGGUUACGACCACGCCAUUGGUUUCUGGAGCACCAACUACAAGGAGAUGACCACCAUCCAGCCGUUGGAGGAUGCUGGCAACACCAUCACCUCCACCGCUGCCAAGAAGAGAAGAAAGUUGGCGUUGCAGGACGCCUCUAUCCGUCGCCGGGCGCCGUUGUCCUUUAUGGAGGGCCACUCUUCUCCGGUUGAAGACGUGAUUUUCUCGCCCCAAGACAACACCGUUGGGUACUCUGUCUCCCAGGAUCACACCAUCAGAACCUGGGACUUGUACACCUCCAGAUGUGUCGACACCAGAACCACCAACUUCUCCUUGUUAUCCAUCGCGGCCAUGUCCAAGUUGAACUUGUUGGCCUGUGGGUCUUCCGCCAGACACAUCACCUUGCACGAUCCAAGAGUGGACCACCUCUCGAGCGCGUCCGUCACGCAGUCGCAGUUGGUAGGCCACGCCAACUUUGUGGUGUCGUUGGCAACCUCUCCGGAUAACGACUUCAUGUUGGCCUCUGGGUCGCACGACGGGACCGUCAAGGUUUGGGAUAUUAGAGCUGAGAAGGCCUUGUACACCAUCACCAGGGAAAGCGGCGCGCCGAAGGGUGAAGACAAGGUGUUUGGUGUUGCCUGGGACAAGACCAUUGGGAUUGUCAGCGGCGGACAAGAUAAGAAGGUGCAGAUUAACAAGGGGACUGAUAUUGCGUAG